GCGGGAGCUACCCAAUCCAACUCCAGGUGGAAGUGAAUCCGCAACCUGAUUGGCCUGCUGGAGCAGCCAAUCAGGCGGCUGGCAGAAGUGAAUCUGCUACCUGAUUGGCCUGUAGGAGCAGCCAAUCAGGCUGCAGGCAGAAGUCAAUCCACAAUAUAAUUGGCCCACAGGUGUAGCCCUGAAGUAGCCAAUCACGCAAGGCCCAUUGUGUAAAUAAUGUAUAUAAGUAGAUGGUUUUGGGAAAAGAGCCAUUCUUCUUCUCCUCUUCUCCUUGAUGACUAUGAGCUGAAUAAAGAGCAUGAAAUUCACUCUCGACUCCGAGUACAUUUCACUGGCGACGAAGGUGGGAUCCUGCUGAGCUGACCGCCACCACGCACUGCACCGCAGCACCGCCACCUGCUGCACCGCUGCAUCGCACCGUUCAUCCAGGCUUCAGCUCCAGGACCCAAGGAACCCAGAAUGGCAACCGACAGCAGCUUCUCGCCAUUCAAACCAGCAUCAGGAGACUGGGAAGGGUACGCCGCCCGUUUCAACUUCCUCCUGCAAGCGAAAGAAGUCACCAACGAUGCCAUGAAGAGGGCGACAUUCUUCAGCGUCUGUGGAGAGGAGACGUUUGAAAUCGCCCGGGCUCUCCUUGCACCUAGAGAUGUCGCUACCGUCUCUUACAAAACAAUAAUGGAACGGCUGAAGGAGCACUUCUCACCACAGCCCUCGGUGGUAGCUUGCCGAAAUGCCUUCUACGCAAAGCGGCAAGCCCCGGGGGAAACCAUAACUGGGUUUGUGACCUCCCUCCGCCAAGCCGCCCGGCUAUGCAACUUCUCAGAGUUGGAGAACAUGCUUCGUGACCGCCUCAUCGGUGGCCUGAGGGACGAGAUGUUGCAACGACGCCUCUACGCCAAAAAAGACCUCACGUUCCAGAUUGCUCUGGAGGAAGCCCUGGCAACCGAAGCCGCCGAGAGGUCAACGCAAGAGGCACGACCGGCCCAGCCAUCCCAACCGAGGGUCUACCACGAAGACCUCACCGACGAAUCCGAAUCUGACAGGGAGGAAGUACACCGAGUACAGCGGCGCACUCAAGCAGCACACACACCACAGCAGCCUCGACGAGAAGGAGGGAACUGUGCAAGCUGCGGGGAGAACCACGAGAGGAGGACCUGUCGUUUCCGCAACGCAGAGUGCAGGCAGUGCAGAAAAGUGGGACACAUCACCCGGGUGUGUCGGGCUCGACUCACCCGUCGACAAGCAUCAGAUGACCGACCCAGGAGCCCCAGGUCACACGGCACCAUGCACCAAGGCAACUCGACGGAGAUCACGGACUACCAGGUAUUCCAGUUGCCCCAUCCCAGCACAGAGAAAAUUUAUAUAGAGGUACAGAUAGAGGGAGCCCCAUGCCGCAUGGAGCUGGACACGGGUUCAACUCUAUCCAUAAUCUCGGCCCGAACAUUAAGGGAACUGUGCCCUAAUGGGGGUCCCAAACUAAGGCCGGCCCCAUUCACCCUCCGGGACUUCCAGAAACGUAAGGUCCCUACAAUGGGGGUGGGGACCUUCAGGGUGCAAUAUCGAGGGCGAAAGCAACAAUUGGACUUGCUGGUAGUUAAGGGCCCCUACGUUAGCUUACUGGGACUGGCAUGGUUUGGACCUCUGGGGCUAGCCGUUACCGGGGUGAACCGCACUAGCUUACAAGUGGACGUGGACGCCAUAUGCAAAGAGUUUCCAGGGGUUUUCGAUGGGGCAUUGGGACGAUAUACAGGACCCCCCAUUGCCCUACAGCUAGACCCCGCUGUACGACCCAUCAGGCACAAGGCCCGCCGGGUCCCGUUCGCCCUGAAACCCCGCAUAGACGAGGAAUUGGACCGGCUCGUGGAGCAAGGAGUGCUGGAGCCGGUGCCCAACGCCCCCUGGGAAACUCCAAUUGUCACACCCGUCAAGCCUAACGGUUCGGUCCGCAUCUGUGCAGACUACAAAUGCACCAUAAACAAGGCUCUCACGGCCCAUGCAUACCCAGUGCCAGUGGUCAGCCAUGUCCUCGCCACCCUGGCUGGGUCAAAAAUCUUUGGCAAACUGGACUUGGCCCAAGCGUAUCAACAGUUGCCUGUGGACGAAGCCACAGCAGAGGCUCAGACGAUUGUGACGCACAGAGGGGCAUUCAGAGUAAAGCGGCUGCAAUUUGGCGUUAGCGUGGCACCAGGCAUAUUCCAGAAUCUAAUGGAC